CAAUGAAGAAGUACGGAUCGUACAGGAGUGAUAAUACUACGUUGUACAUCGCGUUGAUUCUUUACGCGCUUGGUAGUAGUUACGAAGCGAGUUGUACAACACGCAGUGUUUGUUUGUGGUAAAAAAAAAAAGAAAAAAAAGGAACUACAAGACAUUGAUAAGAGAGGGAGAGAGAAAGAAAAAGAGAGAGAGAAAGAGAGAGAGAGAAAAGGAGAACAGCUCUAGAAAGAGGAAGCUAGCACCGAACGGAGAGAGGUGAAAAGGUGGGAGAGAAGAAGGAAAAGGGGUGAGAAAUACAUAGAGAGAGAGAGAGAGAGAGAGAGAGUGAGAGAAAGACAGAUAGAAAGAGAAAAGCUGUGGAGAGAGUAAUGAUCGUGACGACGGUUUUGCAGACAAAUGAACACCUCCGCACAGCGUUUGGAAUAUCCCAAAGAUGUGAGGAAUGAUCACGUGGGUGAUGGUCGGGUUGCUCCUGGCUGCGGAAACUUGCGGCAGAAACGUCCAAUCUGGAAACGGGAAAGAGGAAACGAAACAAAGAAACGGUUUGAAGGGAAUAGCCACGGAUGAGGAGGACAUCUAUCGUCUAACGUGCUACACUUGCGUCAACGUCAGCGACAACCAGAUGUGCAACGAAUGGGCAAUAGAUACACCAUGUCCGGCGGGUGGCCGUGACUUCUGCCGAUCCCUGCACAUUUUGGAUAGCCGAGGGAACAGCGUCUUGGUGAGCAAAAGCUGUGCAAGUAGCGCAGAAUGCGGCCCAUCCUCCGUCGGUUGUAUUCCGGUCGACACGCAGCAGAUCUGCAUAAGUUGCUGCGAUCUGAGUUACUGCAACAUCGAAUCACCGACGAACGCGACGAACGCGAUUUAUUCUCGCAAACGACGGGCCAAAUCGAAAUCAAAACGCAAACGACCCGGUAGAAACGGAGUCGAUGGUACAGACUCCAGGUUCUACGGGUCCGGAGUGUUUUGGCUCUUGGCCUCCAUCUUCUAUGCAUAUCAUUGCUGAGGAAGGAGAGAAGACAUCGCCGCAAUCAUUUAAGAGUCAAAUAGAGACUUUAAUCUAUUUGAUUAUCCCUCGUUAAAGGAGAGGAAGAUUAUUAAUGCGUAUUACGUGAAUAUCUUUUUCUUCAAAGAAAAAAAAAAACAAAACAAAAAAAUCAUAAAAAAAAAGGAAAAAAAAAUAGAAAAGAAAACCAAAAAAAAAAAGAACAAACAAAACCAAAAUUUCAUCGUCAUCGUAAUCACCAUUAUCCUCCGACAUUGUCAUCAUUCUUUACCUCGGAUUCGCGCAGAUCAUCGCGAAAUCUUUUUCAUUUCACAGAUAUUCCGAGGGACCUUUUUGUCCGAUAAAGAAAAAAAAAAGAAACUAAGAGAAAAAAAUCAAAAAACAGAAAAAAGAAAAAUCAACAAAAAAAAAAAA